AGCGCGGCGGACGGGGACUCCGCCUUGCGCGUGGGGCGCUGAGCCGAGAAGCGCGGAGGCGGCGAGGGCGCGCGGAGGACUCGGAGGGUCGCUCGGCGCUGCCUCCCCGCCACCCUUCGCACCAUGGGCAGCGAGGAGGACACAGUCAAAGAGAAACUGCUGUGGAACGUGAAAAAGGAGGUGAAGCAAAUCAUGGAGGAGGCUGUCACCAGGAAGUUUGUGCAUGAAGAUAGCAGCCAUAUCAUUGCUCUGUGUGGCUCAGGUGCUGUUUUCCUCUGCGGCCCAGGUGCGGUGGAGGCUUGCCUCUUGCAUCAGCUGAGGCGCCGUGCAGCUGGCUUCCUGCGCAGUGACAAGAUGGCAGCUCUGUUCACCAAGGUGGGGAAGACAUGCCCAGUGGCUGGGGAGAUUUGCCACAAGGUACAGGAGCUACAGCAGCAAGUAGAGGGCAGGAAACCCUUAGGGGGCAGCCAUGAGGCCCUGCGGAGACAGUGCUCUGCCAGCGGGAAGGCCCUGACCCUCAGCCCGCAGGCCUUGAAACAUAUAUGGGUACGCACAGCGCUCGUCGAAAAAGUGCUGGACAGGGUUGUGCAGUACCUGGUGGAGAACUGCAGCAAGUACUACGAGAAGGAGGCAUUACUGGCAGACCCUGUGUUUGGUCCCAUCCUGGCCUCUCUUCUAGUGGGACCCUGUGCCUUGGAGUACACUAAGCUCAAGACAGCUGAUCACUACUGGACCGACCCUUCUGCUGACGAGCUGGUUCAGAGGCACCGGAUCCGUGGGCCCCCCAAUCGUCAGGACUCCCCUGCGAAGCGCCCAGCCCUAGGAAUUCGGAAGCGGCACUCAAGCGGUGGGGCCUCAGAGGACAGGCUAGCUGCCUGUGCCCGGGAGUACGUGGAGUCCCUGCACCAGAACUCCAGGACGCGGCUGCUGUACGGGAAGAACAAUGUGCUGGUGCAGCCGAAGGAGGAUAUGGAGGCUGUGCCUGGCUACCUCUCGCUGCACCAGUCUGCAGAGAACCUCACUCUGAAGUGGACCCCCAACCAGCUCAUGAAUGGGACUCUGGGGGACUCUGAGCUGGAAAAGAGUGUUUAUUGGGACUACGCCCUGGUGGUGCCCUUUAGUCAGAUUGUCUGCAUCCACUGCCACCAGCAAAAGAGUGGGGGCACGCUUGUGCUGGUGAGCCAGGAUGGUAUCCAGAGGCCGCCGCUGCACUUCCCCCAGGGCGGACACCUCCUGUCCUUUCUGUCCUGUUUGGAGAACGGGCUCCUGCCACGUGGACAGCUAGAGCCCCCACUCUGGACCCAGCAAGGGAAGGGGAAGGUGUUCCCCAAGCUACGGAAGCGCAGCAGCAUACGCUCGGUGGACGUGGAGGAGAUGGGCAUGGGGCGGGCCACAGACUAUGUAUUCCGGAUCGUUUAUCCUGGCCACAGGCAUGAGCACAUCACUAUUAACUACCACCACCUAGCGGCCAGCCGCGCGGCCUCGGUGGACGAUGAGGAGGAAGAGGAGGACAAACUACACUCCAUGCUCUCAAUGAUCUGCUCGCGGAACCUCACAGCUCCCAAUCCGAUGAAAGAUGCCGGUGACAUGAUUGAGAUGCAAGGCUUCGGGCCCAGCCUGCCAGCCUGGCACCUGAAGCCCCUGUGCAGCCAAGGCUCCCCCUGCCUCUCCUGUUCCUCCAGCAGUUCCCCAUUUGCCACCCCGAGCCACUGCAGCUGCAUCCCCGACCGGUUGCCCCUCAGGCUACUGUGUGAGAGCAUGAAGAGGCAGAUUGUGUCCCGGGCCUUCUACGGCUGGCUGGCGUAUUGCCGCCACCUAUCCACGGUGCGGACCCACCUGUCAGCGCUGGUGCACCACAACAUUAUCCCACCAGACCGGCCCCCAGGGGCCCCCGGGGGCCUCACCAAGGACGUGUGGAGCAAGUAUCAGAAGGACAAAAAGAACUACAAGGAGCUGGAGCUGCUACGGCAGGUUUACUAUGGAGGUGUGGAGCACGAGAUCCGCAAGGACGUCUGGCCCUUUCUACUCGGCCACUACAAGUUCGGCAUGAGCAAGAAGGAGAUGGAGCAGGUAGAUGCUGUGGUGGCGGCCAGGUACCAGCGGGUGCUGGCGGAGUGGAAGGCCUGCGAGGUGGUGGUGAGGCAGCGGGAGCGAGAGGCCCACCCCACCACACUCGCUAAGUUCUCCUCAGGCAGCAGCAUUGACAGCCACGUGCAGCGCCUCAUCCACCGGGACUCUACCAUCAGCAACGACGUGUUUAUCUCUGUGGAUGACGUGGAGCCCCUGGGGCCCCAGGGCACUGAAGAUCCUGGGCCCAAGCCUGAGCAGGAGCAGGAAGCGGGAACCCCAGGCACUGCCGUGGUGGAGCAGCAGUCGGUGGAGUUCGACUCCCCGGACUCAGGGCUGCCGUCCUCUCGCAACUACUCCGUGGCCUCAGGCAUCCAGUCCAGCAUUGAUGAGGGGCAGAGUGUGGGCUUCGAGGAGGAGGACGGCGGUGGAGGGGAAGAAGGCUCCGACGGGCCAGAACCUGUGGCCCAUGCUUUCUCUGAGCCCCAGGAUCCCAGCCAGGAGAAGGCCUCACAGGCCAGGGAGCUGGUGGAGGCAGGGGAGGAACUUGCGGCCAUGUGUGCUGCUGCCUACACUAUAGAAUUACUGGACACCGUCGCCUUAAACCUGCACCGCAUAGACAAGGAUGUGCAGAGAUGUGACCGCAACUACUGGUACUUCACGCCCCCCAACCUGGAGCGGCUCCGGGACGUCAUGUGCAGCUACGUGUGGGAGCACCUGGACGUGGGCUACGUGCAGGGCAUGUGUGACCUGCUGGCACCUCUCCUGGUCAUCCUCGACAAUGAUCAGCUGGCCUACAGCUGUUUCAGCCACCUCAUGAAGAGGAUGAGCCAGAACUUUCCCAAUGGGGGCGCCAUGGACACCCACUUUGCCAACAUGCGCUCCCUCAUCCAGAUCCUGGACUCAGAGCUGUUUGAACUGAUGCAUCAGAAUGGAGACUAUACCCAUUUCUACUUCUGUUACCGCUGGUUCCUGCUAGACUUUAAAAGAGAGCUGCUAUACGAGGAUGUGUUUGCCGUGUGGGAGGUGAUAUGGGCUGCCCGACACAUUUCCUCGGAGCACUUUGUCCUGUUCAUCGCCCUGGCCCUGGUGGAGGCCUACCGUGAGAUUAUCCGUGACAACAACAUGGACUUCACUGACAUCAUCAAGUUCUUCAAUGAACGGGCUGAGCGGCACGAUGCCCAGGAGAUCCUGCGGAUUGCCCGGGACCUCGUCCACAAGGUGCAGAUGCUCAUAGAGAACAAGUGAGGGCUGAGGCUGGGAGGCGGCAGCCGCGCAGAACCGGGGCUCUGGGCCCCUGGGCCGCAGCAAGGCGACCGGAAGGGGCGUUGCAGCUGAGACUGCCCAACCCCCCACUGACCCUGCCUGCUUGACUGUGUUACUAACAAAGUGAUUGUGAGCUUGGGAUCCGACUGUGGGCAGUGCUGGCCCCACAGGGCAAGUCGUGGGCCAGGAUGCCUGUAGACCAGGGCUGGGAUGGGAGAGCUCGGCCUCAGGAAGCUGCUGCCUGGGGGGAUACCUGUGCACUCCCCACUCAAACAGCUGGGAUUAGUCACACUGCCCCUGCAGCCACAGCCUGGACUGUCCCCACUGCCUCUCUUGAGUCAUCUGGGCCCUACAGAGUUAGCAGGGGCUGCAGUUGCCCAGGCCCUGCCUAGCGAGGUUGUUGGGACCAGGGAGCUCUGUACUGUAUCUCCCAAGAGGCCCUGUGCAGGCCCAGCAUGGUGCAAACCAGCCCCAGCUGGGCAGCAGGAAUGACUGCGAGUUCAUUCACUGGACACAGGUCCUGGGUGGGAGCAGCCCACUUCAGCAGCACUGCCACUGCCUUUGGCCACCCGAGGUGACCCCCCAUCUACCGCGCCACCUUUACGGUGCACCCACGUGUGUCUGUACCGUCUCUCUCCACCUGCCUGUGCUUCACGCAGCAGAUGCAUCCCUGGAAACUGUGUAAAUGAUGCUUUUGCCACCGGGAUGAUCUGGAAGGCAGUGGGGGCGCUUGCUCUCUAGAGGAGAGCAGAGUGGUUCUUUAGGGAGGUGAGUCAGGCAGCCUCCUCUCAGGGACAGGCCCCAGAGCUCCUGGGAAGCCCAUCGGCCCUCCCAGGCAUUUGCUGAGUCCCUGGGGCUGAGGGAGGCAGGAGUGCCUGGGUCUUCCCUGCUUGUCCCUUGUGGGAAACAGGGCUGGCUCUGCCAUCUGCUCACUUCUCAGGCUUCUGUGAGGCCUGCGGACCCUCUCCCUCACAACGCCCCUUAGAGAAGCCUUACUUGCUGGGGUGCUGGGAAGGGCCUAGCCCCUGACCCCAGGCCUAGGCAUGCUGCUUGCUCUGUUACCCCGACGUACCCCCCCCCACUACAACAUGUGCAGGGUAGGCCUUGCUCUGGAGCCAGGAGGCCGCAUCUGCCAGGGGUUGGGGCCUGCCCAGCAGUCACUAAGGCCUGGUAGACGUCCUGCAUCUGAAACAUAGGAAAGGGCCCAGCAGCCCUUUUGCAUCCAGCACAGCCUUCCCAGCCACUGCCCCUCCCUGGGCUGUGCACAGCCUGUUUGGGGGCCAGCCCACCCCAUUGCCCGUCCCUGUCAUCCAUGAGUCCUUGGCUGCCAUCAAGCACGGGUGGCCGUUGUGUGCCUGCCUUAGUGACUCAGUGGUUUUGUGAGGAGCAGAGUGUGUAUGUUUUUUUGGCUCAGAAAUUAUACUCUUCAGUGUAAUAGACCAAUAAACACAGCAUUUGGCAACGUGGGAGACUCGGGGGGCUGCUGGUGGGCUACACUGGACAGUGACUUUGUGUGCUGGGGAGUCCUAUAAGCUCCACGGUUGAGCGGUGAGAGGGCCAGUCCCAAAAGGCAAGGAUGGGGGAAAGAGAACCAGAGUUUCCAGGAGAGGUACCUCAGACUGGAGGCUGUGGGCUGGUGUGGAGGGUGAUAGCCCCUUGAGGAACUUCACCCCCAAGUCGUGGUUCUUCCUCAGACUGACCAACGGCAUCGCCAGCCUCUGAUGAACUGGAGUAUACACCUCUGUGCGCUUCUUCCCCAGCCUACCUGCCCAUCCUGACUGGGCUCUAGCAGUGAGGUUGGGCCUUGACUGGGAAUCUACGGACUCCAGCCAGUGAUGAAGAGCCCUCCCGCCCCUCUGGCCUCUUGACCCACAGCCCUCUCAACUCUAUCUUAGGGAUGUCUGCCUCGGGCUAGGGCGUGGGGAGAGGGGAAACUGGGGUUGGAAGGGAUCAGGCCCUGCUGAGUCCAGAGGGAGGACUUAGGCCAAGGCUUGGAAAGGGUACAACUCAACAGAAGACCCUCAUCCCUUAUGCCCUUCCCCCAUCCUAGUGCCUCUGGUCCAGUCCCACCCUGGAUGCUUCUGCCUGAGGCUCCAGAUAGAGGACUCCACUUACGCAACACGUUGCCUCUGGUGCCAGAGGACACUGGCUUUCAGGACAUUAGGGCCUGUUGUCAACUCACUCUCAGAGCUGAAAAUCCCAGGACACAGCUCUGCCUUACCCAUCUGGGGUCCUGGCAGGCUGUUCCCUGCUGUUAGGGACUAGUGGCCCACAGCUGCCCAGACAAACCAGUUGACAGGGAGCUCUGGAGCCAGGGAGUAAGUCAACAUCAUAGACCUCUCAUGUUAACUCAUCCCUCACCAGCAGACUCUGUGGCCUGGAGCUAUCAAUUCCCCGUGGUUUCCUCCCCUUGAAAGAAAUUCUCCAAAGGGCCUGGAUAAACUAGCCUGCAGGCGGCCCAGUUUGUUCACACGCUCCCACCCUCUCCCUAUUCCACCUGGAAGUGCUGCCCUUCCAGGACCUCCAGUACCAAAGGCCAUCCCCACAGCCAAAAUGGUGGGUCUGCUGGGGGUAAGGGCAAUCCGGGUGUGGGCAGGAAGCACAAGAAGCACAGGAGAGGUGCCAUAAAACACCAGCCCAGGUAACUCUCUCAACCUUAGAAAGUAAGCCUUCUUCUUUCACAGAGCCGGGACUUGUUGCCAUGCAGGUGUUAUGGAGUAGAACUGCUCCGUAGGGUUUUCUUGAUUGUAACCUUUUUGGAAGCAGAUUGACAGGACUUUCUUUGUGGCACUGCUAGGUGGACUCGAACCACCAACCUUUAGGUUAGUAGAGCAAACCAUUUGUGCUACUCAGGGACAUUUUCAUAAGGCAGGCGCUGGUAAAUGGAAGAAGCUGGGUUCGUAUUUGGGCUUUGUUGUGGUUACCUGACCACAGACUCCUCUCACAGGUUCCAGCUGAGCUGGGGGAACUGUCCUUUGAUGGGAGCUCAUGCCUGUCCUUAAAUUGUGACAGAUGACACUGGGUCAUCACUCGUAGGGGCAGGGUCUUCGUCUGUGUCCGCAGUGCUGGGCAUAGUGCCUGGUGAUGAGUAGGAGCUCAGGAAGUGUUAGCCCUUCCCUAAAUAGGGACUGAAGGAGCCCUGGUGGUACACUGGUUAAGCACUCAACUGCUAACCAAAAGGUUGGCGUUUCCAAUCCACUCAGCAGCUCCGUGGCAAAAAGACCUGGCCAUCUGCUUCCAUAAAGAUUACAGCCAAGAAAAUGCAAUGGGGCAGGUCUAAACUGUCACAUAGGAUUGCUAUGAGUCUUAACAACAAAAACAAAGUGGGCCAGUGGAAGUGAUCCAUCGCUUAGGAAGCUACCAGCAGAGGGAGCCAGCAUCUCACAAGUGAAAGCUGCAGAGGUUGUGGGACAAUAGCAAAGGGGUCUGACCAUUCCUGAGGCUGGUCCUUCUCCCUUAAGGGACCAGACCCCGAGACAUUCCUGACCACUACUCCCUUCCCCGUGGGUAAAACCUUCCCCUAGACCCGACCCAGGAAGAGAAGCUGUGUCAGAUCCCCCAUCUGGGGCUGUCAGGCAGGUGCCAUCAGUGAGUUAAAAAGGUGUGACUAGGCAGCCUUGGCCAACCUGACCUACAGCUGGGCCAGGUAUUUGCUCCCUGACCUCAUUUCCCUCAGCACUCCUGAGACAGCCUGCCAAGCUUCCAGGUUCCCUGGACUGUGGGGAGAGAUGUGUCGGUGGGGACAAGGGUCUUCCAGGCCCAGCUGAGAACAUGACCCUGACCCUAGUCUCCAAGCUUUCCCCUUUUCUUGUUCCCUCCCCUGAAAGGACAGCUUUAUGGACUCUCCUGUUGACUUGUCAUAAGAGUGCAUCCCGGCUCAGGGAGCCCCUCACCCUCUGUGCCCAGACCCAGAGGCAAUUCCUACUUCCCCACUGGAACUUUCUGGAGUUCAGGAGUUCCCGAUCUACAAUAAGCCCCUGGAUAGAGUUGGCAAGUGUUCCAGGAAGAACUCUACUGAAUUGAGAGCUGGCGGUAGCUCCAACAAGUCCCAGGCUAGCCGUGCAACCUUAAGGAGUCUCUCAGUCACCUUGAACCUGUUCCCUUAUCUGGCCAAACGGGGCUAGUUCUUGGCAUAUUCACUGUGCUGUUGAGAUGAAAGAUAAUGUUCAUAAAAAUGGUUUGAGGAAGUAUAAAGUGUUGCAAAAGUAUAAGGAAAACAAGUACAGUGUUCGAGCAUUGUUGGGAUCACAACUGGAAGGUCCAAAAGCUUUUUCUAAAAUUGACCAGGAUGGAGGUUACUGGAUGGCCAGGCCCCAAACAUCUGGGUAAGGAGGGGGACCCCCUGCUGGAUCUCUUUCCCUAAAGGCCUCAUCUGCCUCCCUUUGUAAUAACAUGACCGCAAUGCUGCAGGCUGGCAGCUCAUCUCAGGUUU